UGGCUGCGGACUCCCCCUGGCGGUUCUUGUGAUGAAAUGCACCCGUGACGCCGUGCGUGCUGCAGUCGUGUGUUUGUUUCCGCCGCCGUCAGCAGCGAAAUCAUGGAGACCAAACCAGUUAUUACCUGCCUCAAGACCCUCCUCAUCGUCUAUUCCUUCGUCUUUUGGAUCACUGGCGCUAUCCUGCUGGCAGUUGGAGUAUGGGGCAAGUUGAUGCUGGGCCCGUACAUCUCGCUCAUCGCUGACAACUCCACCAACGCUCCCUAUGUGCUCAUCGGCACCGGGACUGUCAUUGUAGUUUUUGGCCUAUAUGGAUGCUUUGCCACAUGCAGAGGAAGCCCAUGGAUGUUGAAGCUGUAUGCCAUGUUUCUGUCGCUGGUCUUCCUCGCCGAAUUGGUGGCCGGGAUUAGCGGAUUUGUCUUUCGCCAUGAGAUCAAGGGAACAUUCCACAGGACGUACACCGACGCGGUCCUCAACUACAACUCUGAGGACGAGGCGAGCCGCGCUGUUGACAACCUGCAGAACAGACUGCGCUGCUGCGGCGUGUACAACUACACCAGCUGGUUCGGCAGUGUCUAUUAUCCGUCCAACGGCAUUCCUGCCAGCUGUUGCGUGAACUCCUCGGACUGCAACCCUGGCGACCUCCGUAACGCAACUGUGGCCCCCAACAAAGUUUAUCACCAGGGGUGCUACGAGCUGGUCACUUCGUUCAUGGAAACCAACAUGGCCAUCAUCGCAGGCGUCACCUUUGGCAUCGCCUUCUCACAGCUUAUUGGCAUGUUGCUGGCCUGCUGCCUUUCCAGGAUCAUCACAGCCAACCAGUAUGAGAUGGUGUAACUGACGUCACAUGGCAGUGAGAUGAAGAGAAGAUUUAAAAAAAAAGACACCAAGACUACUUUCUUUCCUGAAAUCAUGUUGGAACUGUUCAUUUUUCCCUCCCUCCGUCUUGCUGCCUGUACCGUGGACAUCAUGUACAACACGUAGGAUCACAUUAAGCCUCAUUCCCACUCACCGCUCUGUGUGCCACACAACAACACAUUGUCACACUGGCACUGACUGCACCGAAGGCUCGCUUUUUGCACACAUUUGAGACUGUUUUAAUAGAUGGAUGUAAAGUGUGUUUAAACGUCACGAUUAAUACGGGUACUGGACUCUUGUUUAUUUCAUUUAUUUAGUCUGCUGUCAGACAGUAGGGGGUGCUGUUGCACUGCAGUCUCUUUUUCUUCCCCCACUCAAUUUGUGAACGAAGCGCAGUUACGAAUAUUAGGACCACACUUCCAAGAAAAUCAAACAGUGGUGAGGGGGAAAAAUACUUUUAAAGUUUUUUUUAAAUAAAUUUGAAAUAGGUGAAGUUAGAUUCUUUUCAAGAAUCAAAGUGAUGACGUGAAUGAGCAACACUUGCACACUGUAAUGUUUUAGAUUUUUAUUGUCGUUACGGUUAUAUUCUGGUCAAGCAUUUUGUUUUAAAUAAUUUUUUUGUGUGUUGGGAGUUUUUCCCUAAUUUUAAGACUUUAUUCUUGUAAAAGAUUAAUUAAUAGGAAUUUAUCAUACAAAAUGACAUAUUUUCUUUCUCCUUAAUAUUAAUUUAAAACACAAAAAUCACGUAUUAUGACGAUAAUUAAAUAUAAAAAAAAAUUCUCAUUCAAUUUCUGUCACGAAAUUAUUAUAAUUACGACUCCAAGGAAUGUUACAAUUUUAUUUGCAUAAAAUAAUUAGUUAUUUUUUUCCUGGUAAAAUUAUUUUAUUGAACUAUAUUUCACUAACUUUAAUUAAUUUACAUUUACGACUUAAUUCUUGAUUACGAGAGUUUUUUUAAUCAAGACAUUUUAAUCAUCAAUCAACAUUUUUUUGGACUUCUCCAAGUUGUCACUUUUCUCUCAAAUUAGGGCUUUUUAUUUUGGUCCUAAUUAAUCUCCCAACCCUUCUCUCUAGCUUUAAAAAAAAAUCUCCAAACGUUUUUUCCCCCUCCUAUAAUAUUCUGACACUAUAUAUAUUCUGACAUUAUAUAUAUUCUCAUAAUAUCGAAUCUUUGGUUUUAGCACAAAAAUCAUUACUUUUUCUGAAUAUUCUGAUUUGAGUUUGUAAUAAUUGGACUUUAUUCGCAUAAAAUUCUCACUUUUGUCGAAGCAAAAUUCAGAUUGUAACUUGUUCUGAUACAGCAUUUAAAAUUUGUUCUCAUGAAAUAACACAAUUUUCUCAGUUUCUUCCAAUUUUAUUCUCCAAAAGUGAAGAUCUUUUUUUUGCUUCUUAUGAAGCACUACGUUUCAAUUGAACUUUGAUCCUCAGAGUGACAGUGUCAUGUGUGUGGCGCAUCAACAACCCGCCGCUUUCAUCAUCAUCAUAUCUGUAGAUAUGUACUGUAAAUGUAAUUUAUAAUAAUAAUAACGAUGAUGUAAUGUUUAAUUUGAAUAUGUUAAUUGGCUGGGUUUAAUCUGCUGUUUAGCCGUAAAGUAUUUGUUUGUACUGACUAGUAAUUAGUAGCUGCUGAUGUUCUGAUGUAGACUUUUAGUAGGAUUUGGCAUUACAGCUUCAACCAGUGAUUCCUCCCACCCCUUCUUGAUUUAGGGAUUUUUAAAAUCACUUCUCAGUAACUUUUUGACUGUAUUUUUCUUGUUCUUUCAGUGGCUCUUGAGUUGUACUCUGCUGUAGUACCUUGCUUUGAGUACAUGUAUGCUCUUUUAUCUUGUACAUACUAAACAAAAACCACAUACUAAACAAAAACCAACUGUAAUGCCAUCCAGCUUUCACAUAGGGUCGCCACACACACACACACACACACGCACACACACGCACACUCUCACACUCCAAAUCACCAUACUGUCUAAUACCAACAAUGUCACCAUCAGUGGUCUUAUUAUCAAUAAACUGACAAAAUGGAA